UUCAUUUAGUAGUAUUCUAUUGUCUGCGCUCCGUGAGUUGCAGCCUUCAGCGACUAACAGACACCAGCAAUUCUCUUUGUCUCAGCCCGCACAACAGAUAUAAAUUAAUUGACAAGAGCAAAAUCAAAAGUCUACGUCCACCAUCACAUCCACAAGUACUAGCAGUCCAGCAGUAACCAUUACUGCUUACGUAAAUUGCAAGCACUAUUCCUCCUGCACUAUUCCCUGUUUGCCGACUCUACGCAAAAGUAUUUUCUACUACAUCUUUCUGCAUUACACAGCACCUUCCAUCACCUACAGUGGCAGUCGUCAAUUCAUUGCUCGAUGUAUAUGCAUGGACCCCGAAAAGUGAUGGUAUGGUAGCUUCUUCUUGCUACCACUUAGCUUAGCUCAUUCCCUAGUAGUAUAAGUUACAGGUCCCAAGCCACCGACUAAAUACUCGUAGUACAGAAUUAAACGCUGCUGCUUUUAUAUACUACUACUUUAUAAUUCUCCAUCAUCAAGUGCAAAUGCUGGAAACUGUCAAGUACCUGCUUGGCUCUGCCGGUCCAAGCGGCUUUGGCUCCAAGUCCACCGCCGAACAAGUCACCGACUACUGCCCUGAUCUCCGCUCCAUCACCGCCAUCAUCACAGGUGCGACGUCGGGGAUCGGUGCUGAAACAGCUAGGGUGUUGGCUAAGCGGGGAGCCAGGCUGGUCCUCCCUGCCAGGAGCCUCAAAGCCGCCGAGGAUAGCAAGGCUCGAAUUUUGUCCGAGUUUCCAGAGUCCGACAUUAUUGUCAUGCCUCUUGAUCUUAGCUCUUUCUUCUCCGUUAGAAAGUUCGUUGCAGACUUCCGCUCUCUUAAUUUACCCCUUCAUCUCCUCAUAAACAACGCCGGAAAAUUCACACACGAGCAUGCCAUUUCUGAGGAUGGAAUCGAGAUGACCUUUGCUACCAACUAUUUAGGUCACUUCUUGUUGACAAAGCUGUUGGUAACCAAGAUGGUGGAGACUGCCAAGUCAACCGGCGUUGAGGGAAGAAUAGUGAACGUGUCUUCGAGCAUCCACAGCUGGUUCUCCGGUGACCCGAUCAGUUAUCUGAGUUCCAUAACCAGAAGCAGAAGUCAUUACGAUGCAACACGUGCAUAUGCUCUGUCGAAGCUGGCUAACGUUUUGCACACCAAGGAACUUGCUCAGAGACUCCAAGAGAUGGAGGCAAAUGUGACAGUGAAUUGUGUACAUCCAGGGAUUGUGAGAACUAGACUUACUCGAGAACGAGACGGUCUCAUUACCGAUCUGGUGUUCUUUUUGGCUUCCAAGCUCCUCAAAACCAUCCCUCAGGCUGCUGCAACGACUUGCUAUGUGGCAACUCAUCCGAGACUCUUAAAGGUGACCGGAAAAUAUUUCGCAGACUGCAAUGAAGCUCCAGCCUCAAAGUUGGCAUCCAACUCGUCGGAAGCUGCACGGAUUUGGUCUGCCUCCGAAACCAUGAUUUCCAAGGAUCCGUAUUUAAUUAAUAAUUAAUGGCUUUCUUCAACA